AUUGUGAUUCAGUUUUUGACUAACGAAUCUGAAUUCUGAUUGUCAUUUUGUGGAUGUGGAGACUGGAGUGUUUUGUGUUGUGAACUUGUGGGUGAAUAUUAAGAAAAUUCUUUAAUAUCCUGUCAUGUGAUUGUGUGCGUGAGUUUUGAUAAGCGACACAGUGAUAGGAUCGUGGUAGUGAGCCAACUGUGUGGAAUGGUUCCGGUGUGUUGGAGAUUUGUUGAUUAGUGCGGUUGAGGUGAUCUCGUCACCAUGGGGAAGCUAUUGUCGAAGAUCUUCGGCAACAAGGAGAUGAGGAUAUUGAUGCUGGGACUCGACGCAGCGGGAAAGACUACUAUUUUAUAUAAACUAAAAUUAGGUCAGUCAGUGACGACGAUACCAACGGUCGGUUUCAAUGUAGAAACUGUCACGUAUAAGAACGUUAAAUUCAACGUUUGGGAUGUUGGGGGGCAGGACAAGAUUCGACCACUCUGGAGGCAUUAUUACACAGGUACACAAGGUCUGAUAUUCGUAGUGGACUGUGCGGACAGGGACCGCAUAGAUGAGGCGCGGCAGGAACUGCACCGUAUUAUCAAUGACAGGGAGAUGAGGGAUGCCAUUAUACUCAUAUUCGCCAACAAACAGGACUUGCCUGAUGCAAUGAAACCCCACGAGAUCCAAGAGAAGCUAGGCCUGACGCGUAUCCGCGAUCGCAACUGGUAUGUCCAGCCUUCGUGCGCCACUUCCGGGGAUGGGCUCUACGAGGGACUCACGUGGCUCACCAGCAACCACAAGUUAUGAGCUGCAGAGUAGGCGGCCCGCCCGCCACGUACUGCGGUGAGGAUCGAGAUGCCAUUUAAUUGUAAGUAAGCGGCGCACCGUUGGUAAUAUUGUGAACCAGUGUAUGAACUAUCGCGCAAGUGAAGUAAUUACUUUCAAGAGGACUUAUCAAACGCUAUAUACUGAAACGUUACUUUUUAUACUAAGUACAUACAAAUAAACUAAAUUUGACGCCAUAUGAUCGUUGUUAAUAAAUAAUGUAUUUUAUAACUAAAUAUUACAUAACAUUUUUCUUGUGCAUUGUUAUCGUAAAUAACCCUUUAUAAGUUAAGUUUAGUAAAAUGUUUUUAUUGUCAUUAGUUGAAGAUUCUGAUGAAAGACAUUCUUGGAAAUAUCAGUGUUGUUAGGGCUUGAUAGUUUAAGAUUACUAUCGUAGGCGGGUGUUACUGUAUUUUAAGAAGCAACGUUUCGGUAUUAGGCCUUUAGUUAGUAAACGUGAACUGUUUGUCACACAAAAAUCAAUUAUUCCAUUAUUUAAAGAGAGUUAGAGCUUUGUUGUAACGACAUUUGAUUAUUUUUUUAUUUAAACGGUGAUUACAUAGAGUAAAAGUGUUUUUUUUUACCUCCUUUGUAUAGUAACGGUAUAUAUUAACACUAAUGUAAAGCGAUUUGAGGGUAUUUUAAUAUGAGAGCACGCUCUGGUAUGUACAUUAGGUUUGUCUAAAUUAUGGUGUAUACAGUAGUUAACUCAGGCCAAUUAUUUCUAUGUGUAACAUUUUCCAACAGUUAAAUGUAGGGUAAACCGCAAAUAGAUGUUAAAUGUUUGUCAGAGGCAUUCUCAGCAUUAAUAAACAAGGACUGAUGAUGCCGUGUUUGUUAACAUUGCAACUAUUUUACCAAGAAAUCGUGAACCAUAAUAACAAACACUCUUCAUCCACGCUUUAUAAUAAGGCCGUCUAUCACUAUGGCUUAUAGUUGUUUGCUGUAAUUUUCUCUGUAGACACUUGUUUCUAUACCACCCUUAGCACAAACAGUGGGUGCAAUUCUAGGUAUAAAUCAGUAAUAUAACUUUUGUAUGGAAAAUUUAACAGCUUAUUAAAUUAAAGAUUUUAGUUGUAUUAUACCUUCGCUUAAUUAUUGUUAACUAGUAUAUGCGGAAAGAGAACCGACGUACCAGCUAUUCGACCUAAUAUAAACAAUAUAUCACAGGUUCUUUCCUAGUUUGGAAAACAGUCUCCCAAUACCUUCUCAACUGUAAUCUUAUUUAUUGUUGUAAAUGUUAUAUGGGAGAAAAUAAAUAGAAAAUUAAAAUAUAAAUUUUACUUUUUUCGAUUAUUUACAAAAAAAAAUAUUUUUUUUCAUAUCAAGAUGAUUACUGUCGAAUUAUAUUCUGUAGACAUUAUAAUGUAUGUGUUGUCACCAACUAAAAAAAGUAGCCCUGCAGACCUCAAAUGCCUCGACUGUUCUCUUUCUGCACAGACUACUAAUGCAUAGAAUUAGUGUUGCCAACAACUGUCAAGUACUUGGUGAAAAUCUCAAAAAGU